AUGUCCCCAGCUACUCCACAAGAGACCUUCGAGGAUCUCUCACUCGAGUCCCCUCCUGUGUCUCCCACACCCCCACCGGACGACGCACGGGACAUCGGCGCCGAGCUGCCAGUCUCCCCAACAAAGAUCCCCAUCUCGAGCUCAAACUCGGAUCUCAGCUUCACCCUCUCUCCACCACCCACAGAAAAACCCGACGCACUCUCGCUGGCGAAAGACGCGUCCAGCACAUCACUAGAGCACCCGCACCCCGCCCAGUAUCGUCCUGAACUGGCGGAUGAAGAUGGAGACAUCGGCGGUGGCCUCCCUUCAGUACCACCCGAAACACCUCCAAAACCCAAAGGUCCUCAUCCCCUCUCCCCUCUAUCGCUCAGCUCUACGCAUCACAACAGCGAUCCUCGGCUCAGUCGCGUCCUGACGCGUUCACCUUCGCCAAGCUAUCGGUCAUUUAACCUUUCAAAUGGGCACGGCGGAGAAGAUAGCAGAGAGGACUUGGAGCUACCAGCAUCCCCAACAAGAGUUCCUCUUCCAGGAUCCACGUCGAGUUUGAGCUUGGCCCUGUCUCCACCCCGCUCGGCACCCUCGCAUACUCUCGCUUUUAGAGAAUAUUCGUCUUCUGCAUCACUGGAAGACCAGACACCUUUCCAGUCACAUCCGGACCAGCUCGAGGAGGGAGAUGGGGAUCUUUCGGCACCUUUCGAAUCUAUACCCCUGAGCACGACCCCUCCCGCUCCUACCGCGCCUGCUGCGCCUCUGCCCUCCUCGCCCCGCGACAAACUAUCUCCGCAAAACACCCCAGAUAAGCGGCGGUCAUGGGGUGGAUUUGGGAUAUCAAACGGAGAGAGAGUGGCACAUGGUCAACUACCAGAACAUCCGCCUUUACCCCCUCCUCCAUUAGAAGUCCAAAGGGCGAAGAGUGCGGGGGAUGUUCCCCAAGAAGACGGGGAUGAACCUCCAGACAGCGCAAAAACGUCUGCCUCUACCCCUACCCCUGCCCCUCGUCGAGCUGCUCCACCUCCCCAUCCCUUCCCAUGGCCGAUCCCUACCUCUCCUCCCCCUCCAAACCCGAAGCGAUUAUCAGCCAUGUCUACCGCUUCAAACGCGACCCACGUCUCCCAGGCAUCUACCUCCACAUCACAGCCACAAGCGAUGCCCGCUCUGGGUGUCAAAGGCUCAAGCACAUUUGAGAAGGUCAUCUCGCAUACCAGGCCCGCGUGGCUACCACCAAAAGACAAGACGGAAGAUGUGGGGCAUCUGCAUCAAUGGGAGGAUAUGAUGAAACAUGCGAGGGAGCACGAGAAGAUUGUAGCGAAGCAGCAUGAGAAGCAGAAGCUAGAGAAGGAAAAGAGGUUGGCGGCGGAAGCGCCGAAAUGGGAGAAACUGCUGGAUGAGAAAGACUUUUCGGCGCAGAGGGUUAGAAAUGACCCAGAAAUGAGAAGAUUGUGGUUUGAAGGAAUACCGAGUCAUCUGAGGGGUAGAGCGUGGAGUUUGGCGGUUGGAAAUCCUCUUGCACUGUCCAAGGACGUGUACAAACCCUACGUGAGCCGAGCUCGGAAGGGUCUGGCCAACGCGCGCUUCCCCGCGGACCUGCUGGAAACAAUAGAAAGAGAUCUCGACAACACACUCGUCACUCUCAACGUCUUUUACCGAGGCAGUCCUUUGAGAGAUGAUUUGAAAGAGUUGGUCUGCGCCUGGCUGGUAUACAGAAGCGACGAGGGUCUGGGAUAUGCACCAUACAUCACCCUCAUUGCUGGUAUCCUCCUCCUCGUUUCUCCACCCGCCACAGCUUUCCAUACCCUACUCAACAUCCUUGCAGGCCCCGUCCUCCGCGCCUUCUUCACCCCCCUCCCUUCCGAGAUCGCAGCCUACUACCGCGUCCUCGAAAACCUCCAAGCCGAUCGAUAUCCGAAGAUCUACGCAAACUGCAAGUCCCUCGGCGUCGGUGUACCGCAAAGUUGGUUCCAGAGUUUGCUCGUGGAGCAGCUCGGGUUCGAAGCGAGCUGUAGGGUCUGGGAUCAAGUCUUUCUGGAUGGAGAAGGAUAUGUCUUUAGAGCGGCGUUGGCGAUCUUUGGGUUUUUGGAGCCGAGAUUGUAUUACCCUGAUAAAGGGGAGGUGCUCUCGGUUUUGGAGGGGCAUAAUCCUGCUUCAUUGGCGAUUAUGCGGCGGGAGAAGGAAAGGGCGAGGCUGAGAGGCGAGGUAUGGAGUGAAGGCGUGGAUGGGACAUUGACGUCGUUUGGGUUGAAUGAGGGGCAGCUGUUUGCCGCGCUUGAAGAGGACGGGUGGAGGGAGAAGGACUUUGAGAGAUUGGUGUUGAGAGAGAUGCCGGAUGUUUAG